AUGCGCGUGCGCGAUUUCUUCGGCCGCAAGAUGUACAACCUGCAACAGGUCACCGUCCCGAUUUUAGGCAGUUACACGAGCGAGAACAUCUUUAAAAUGCUGGUGAAGGUCACUGACGCGCUCAACGAUCCAUGGAACGCUAAGCUCAUCGGCAUGUCGUCUGAAGAGGAGAGCACGAUGAAGGACCGUCACCGCCAUUCCGAUCUCGUCACGCGCAUGGUGGCGACGGAUAUUAACCCAACUAUACGGGUAUGGUGUGCGUCACACCACGUAAACCUGGUAGUUAGCCUAGCCGCCAAGUGCGUGACGGAAGAAUCGUAA